UCUCGGGUGAUAGAGACAAUGCCAAAGUGUUACAUCAACUUGGCUACGAUAAUUUACGUUUUUUCAAAUUCUCAGGUAUAAGGAGAUAAAUAAGAAACCAUGUUGGAUAAAUACGACCCUGCCACAUACAACCACCAAUACGCUACCGUAAAUGGUAUCCGUAUGCACUAUGUCGAUGAAAACCCAACUUCCAGCAAUCCUUUGUUGCUGAUUCACGGUUGGCCCGAUCUUUGGAUUGGUUGGAGAGAACAAAUUCAAUUCCUUGUUGAACUUGGUUAUCGCGUAAUUGUCCCUUCUCUUCGUGGUUUUGGUGAAACUGAUGCACCUGAAGAUCCGGCAGAAUAUGGUUUUGGAACCGUAUGCAAAGACUUAGCUGGUCUGUUAGACCACCUGGAGAUUCCAACCAUAACGGUUAUCGGUCAUGAUUGGGGAGGAGCUGUUACUUGGCGCUUCGGUCAAUUUUAUCCAGAAAGAGUUAAGGCACUUGCCAGCUUUUGUACACCUUAUUUCGUACCAGCCAAACAAGAAGUCACUCUUGAACAAAUUGUUCAAGUCUUGCCCAACUUUAAAUAUCAAAUCUAUUUAUGUACUCCCGAAGCCGAAAAAGAUAUCAAUGAGAAUGUUGGCAAAUUUUUUCGUCGCAUUUUCCGACCUAUUACUGAUAUUGAUGGUCCACUCAUUGAUCCCAAGACAAACCGAUUAGCUGAAGGUCGUCCGGAUCGAAUUCGUCAUGAAAUGGUACCGGAAAAGGUGAUGGAGUAUUACAUCAAGACAUUUACUGAACGCGGUGCUCGUGGUGGUUUGAAUUGGUACAAGCAAACACACAAUAACUAUGUUCAAUGUAAAGACCUUGAUGCUAUCAUUAACAAGCCGGCAAUGAUGGUCACUGCGGAACUCGAUAAGGCUUUGCCUCCAUCUAUGGCUGAGAAAAUGAUUGAUUAUAUUCCUGGUGUCGAGAUGCAUCUUGUUGCUGGUUCUGGUCAUUGGAUUCUCUGGGAAAAGCCAGAAGAGUGUAACAAGUUUCUACGUGAAUUCCUUGCGAAGGUUGAUCCCAUAUUGUGCAAGUUGUAGUUUUCUUCUUUUCGUUAAAUUCAUUUCAUAUUAAAAAGCUCUUGCAGCAAUUA